AUAAGAAGAGAAAUGGCAACGGAAAUGAAAAAACCUUCUUUACUAGUACUACACAUCCUCUUUACUUAUUUUGUAAGAUUAGCCGAGAAAAAACUAAAUUCAGUAUCGGAUUUUUCAAAUAACACCACCACCAACAAUAAUAAUAACAACAAAUUCCUAAACGUCCUACUAGAAGGCAGAGACUUGAGAUUCGAUAAAGUAAUAAGAUCCUUGGGUUAUUUUGCCAGGCAAGAACCAAAAAGAGUCCUUGAAUCCGUCAUGUACUGGAAAAGAUCAAAAGAAGAUGAAGUCCAAAUAUCUGCCAAAGUUCUUGAAGAUUUACAUACUAAACUAGAAAGCGUAGCUAGAAAGCAAAAUUUUUCAACACCAAAUGAAUUUCCUUCAACUUCCAAUACUAGCAUUAAAGACAACAAUAACAAUACAAAUCUGUCAACUUUUUCAAAACUUUCAAGAUCAAAUUCAAAAAAAUUAUCAAAAUUGUCAAGAAAAAGCCUAAAUCACUCAAGAUCAACCUCUUUUUUAUCUCAAUCUUCAAAUGAAAUUCAGUCCUAUGACCAGUCCUUAUCUAAACUAUACCAUUACUAUCAUAGAGAGAUCUUAACUACAAAACAAAUUUUAAAAAAUUUAGAGAAAAAAUUGGUAAUAAGUAACUAUAUUCUAUACAGAGUAAUGGUCGAAGUUGUUAAACAAAUUCCCCUCUCAAAUUCAAAUAACUUUGACGAAGACUUUGAAUUUAAUGGAUUGGAAGAAAAUAUUUACACUGAAUUAAAAUCUUCAAGUCCAAUUGGCCCUCAUACAAAUCCAAUUAAAAUUGCAAAUGUUAAUUUACUAGCAAUAAUCUUGGGAAAAAUAUCUGAAAGAAGGUUCUCAAAAGUUAGUGAUAGGUUCAUUGCAAAUCUAGAAAAUGUUAGCUCAUUUGUCGCUGACGAAGAAUUUGAAAAUCACAUUGUUUUAUUAAUACAUGGAAUGAAAUAUUUAAAAUUGAAAAGUUACCCAAUUAAGGAUUUUGAAGAUGCUGCUGGGUUUUUAAGCUCAGUGGCUACUUUUUUCGAAAGAGCUAGAAAUAGUGGUAUAAUACUAGCUUAUAGCGAAGUUUUAAACCAAUUAAUUCUACCUCUUGCAAAUGUUUUAACUUCUGAAACUGAUGAUUCAUCUUGGAAAACUGCUGUAACUCAAAUGUUUUUUAAAGGUAUUUAUUUAUUAGGUCCUGAUAAAACAAUCAAUUAUAAUAAUAAUUUCUCCCUAAGUUAUCCCUCAGUAGGUAUCAAUAAAUUUCAUCAAGUAAAAGUUUGGAUACUGUAUUUUAAUUUGGUUUGCACCUGUUUAUCUUUAGCACCACUUGAAAUCUUUGAUCGAUUUUGGUUCAUGCUAAUUAGUGACAAUUUAGGUCAAUUAAGAAAAAAAACAUUUUCAACUUUAAAUUUCAAAAAUCUUUCCAAUUAUGAAAAUUUAUUGUAUUUAAAACUUUGUAUGGUGAAAAAUUUGUCCAAGUUAUUAUGGACAUAUAUAUUUAGAUCCUCUCAAUCGCUUAAUCAAACAACAAGUAAGUUAAGCGGUAUUUUUGAUAACUUAUUUUUUUACACUGCAAAUCCAGGCGAACCUCCAACAGGAAUAAAAUCAACUACUGUUCCAGCAAACGGUAAAAAAAUGCAAUGGGUCAUAUAUGAUCCCAAAUUGAUAAAUGCCUUGGUGGAAAUGUUUCGAGUUGUUGGGUCUUCUUAUAUGUCCUAUGUUUUGGAAGAUGUGUUUAUUCCUCUUAUUAAACAAAGUUUUAAUGGAUAUUCAUUAGAAUCGUUGCUUCAGGAAAAAUUGAUUAUUAUACUAAAAGCUUAUGUUUUAAUGUUAAAUGAUACAUAUAACAAUGCAAAGCCUACUUUUCCUUCUGAUAUGAAUUAUUUUUUACUUGAUUAUAGCGAAGAUGAAGAAAAUUUAAAUCCAAACUCAAUGGUUUAUGAUAUUUUUGGAAGCAAAAAAAUUGUUAAUGUAGAGCAGGAUUCUACCAACCGAGAUCUUCAUGAAGAACUUAGCCAAUAUUUUGCCCAACUAUUUAUUUUGCUAGAUCAACAACUUGGAAAUGAGAUCAUACCUGAUGGUGAAUUUGAGGAUCAACGAGAUUUCAUUAAUUCUUCUAUUAUUUCUCCACUAUCUGCAUUUUCUUCAUUUCAUUUUGGUGGGGAUAGCUAUGCCAAUCAACUCAAUAAAUGUCUUAAUCUCAAGUUAUAUGAAAACUUAAUCAAUGCAUUGCCAUUUUGGUAUAUUUAUGCCAACAGCAACCUGAUGACUCUUUCACUCAAGAAACUUUUUGAAAUUCUUAUAAAAAAUUGUAUAAACAAAAAUUUAAACAUUGUCAAAGCUUCUGUUAAUGUUCUCAAUAAAUCAAGUUCACCAAAGCUUAGUCUUUCAUAUUUUUUGAUGUCAACAUUUACCAAAAUAGUGUUUAACUUUGAAUACAGCAAUACAUUGUUUUCCAAUUCACCCAACUUGAAUUUAAACCAUUUGAUUUUUACUUCAAGAAGUUUCCAAAGGUUAUUGAAGCUUUACGUUGAGUUAUUAAAUACUUGGCUUGGUGCUUUAAGUGCUGUUUCUAAACCUAAAUCAGUUUCUAAAAAACCUGGUGGUGCUGAUUAUAUUCUUAAUGGAAAUUACAAAUUUAAUUCCAGUGAUAAAAAUAAUGAAGUUGAGAAGAAAUCAGAGGAUGAUAAAAGUGCAGAUGAGUUAGAAUGGAAAAAUAUUAUUACGUUGAUUGAAGAAGUUGAAGGGAAUGGUCUUUUUUUCUUAUGUUCCAGAAACACACAAAUCCGUCGAUUAGGCUUGCAAAUAUUACGACUUGCUCCAAAUUUUGAUCAAGCUAUUUAUGAAAAAACUAAAGGGUUAAAAGAACCAACAGAAAAAAAACUAAUCCAUGUCAGAAGUUCUUCAAAAUUUGUUGCUGACUUUGGGGCUCGAUUAAUAAAUGUUCUUCACAAGAUUAAUUUUUUUGAGUUAAUAGGACCUCUUUACAAAGAAUUGAGUAUGGCUGAGAUAAAGAAAUUAGCAACUUUAAAAACAAUUCCUUCUGAUCAAACAUUAGAAAGAUUAGCAGAAGCUGACAAUGGGAUUGAAUUAAGUUUAUUUUUUAGAGUUUUUCCUAAAGUUUUAAAUAUUUGCUUUAAGAAAUGCCCAAUUGCCAUUGCAUUAUGUCGUUCGAUUGUUUGUGGACGAUUAGUACGUCUUCAGGAAUAUGUCGUAAAGAUAUCUCAAUCCUCAGAUUCAUUGGGCUCAUCUAGUUCUAAGCAUAGUUUGUUAUUGCAAAAUCCAAAGCCAGAAAUAGUUAUUCAGCAAUGGAAAAUGUUUUUAAUUGUGGCCUGUUGCUCUUUAACUUCUACAAGUGAGCAAACAGUUGUUCUCAAAUCAAUUGAAUAUCAAGGCCAUAGCCGAAAGAAAUCUCAACAAACCUCGGGCUACCAAUUUCAAACGAUCACAUCUGCAAAGUCAAUUUUCAAAAUGGUAAUAUCACUUUUGAAUACAAAUCAAACAAUGGUAAGGGACUCAAUUAUCUAUGGUCUAAGUUGUGUGAAUAUCAAUAUUUACAAAGUUUUAAUCCAGACAAUAUCACCUCUUAGAACCUCUUGGGAAUAUGAAAUGCAACGUAAAGUAAUAAAUGAUGCUGACUCAAGAUUAAAAAUCGAGGUUAGUCAUGUUUUAGCUUCAACAUCAAAAUUUAUUUUGGAUGAAAAAGUGUACUUGGAUGAAUGGAUUUUGCGGGAAUUGGUUACGUUUAUUAAAACUUUAAUAAACUUUCUUUUAAUUGAAAAAGUUCAAGAAAGUUAUGAAUAUCAAAAACUAAGAAGAUAUUUUUGUGUUUUGCUUGAAAAUUUUUAUUUGGGAUUGAAAAAAUCUGAAAAAUAUGAAGAUCUACUUUCAUUUGAAGCUAGAGUUUCUUGUUUUCAAUUUCUAGAAGAAUGGUGCGGUUAUGGAAGGAAUUCUUUAAUCGCUGACGAGAGAUAUAAGAAAAUGAUGGCGACAGUAAAAACAGACACCAUAAAGCUAAGUGCAACACUUCAGCUCGAGCAGAGUUCUUUGCAAUUUGCAUCAUUAAGCUGUAUGGCAACAUUGUGUUCAGGACCAAUCACUGAGAAAAUUGGAGAUUUUAAUGCAUCACCUGUUAUGUCUUUUGACGUCAAGGGCUUGUUGAUUUGGAUAAAGUCUUUAUUUUCAUCGAAAUCUUUCCCAAGUAAGAAAGAAAGAAAGGCGGAAAGAGAUUUAAUUCAUGCUCUUGGGAGAAGAGCGUUGAGAAAUUUAUUAAUGAAUGAUAAUAAGGGUGAGAUACUUGAAACCGUCAUCAAAGAAUGUUAUAAUUAUCAUGAAUCACCAAUGCCUUUUGAGAAUUACUUUUUUACAAUUGCAGAAACUAUUAUUAGCAAUAAAGAUUAUAAGUACAAGUCUUAUGAAGUUCUUUUUUUAGCGUUAUUUGCGAUUGGAUCAAGCAAUUAUGAAGUACGAAGAAAAGCAGGUCAUUUAUUAAAGACUGUUGAGAAAAGAGUUUAUAAUACCGAAUUUGCAAAAACACAGAUGAAAUUUAUUUGCAGUAAAAGUAUUGUUUUAUAUAAAAGAGCAAUGUUUAAUCUUGCAAGCUUGUAUUCUGUCAAUUUUCCAGAGGAUAAAUAUUAUAUAAUAUCAUUGCUUUGCUACUAUUUUCAAAAAGUUGGCAGUCCUGAAAGAAAAGAUAUUUUAUCAUUAUUAUUAUCUUGGGUUCCAACAGUUGCAUUGAAGAUUGAGGAUGACGAUCUGAUUAAAGAUUUGUCUACAUUGAUGGUUUUAAACAACUUAUUUGAAAUUACCAUAAAAUUUAGUGAUACAAUGUAUACUGAGGUUGAUGCUUUAUGGUCCGCUUUAGCGAAUGUCACUCCAAGUGAUAAUAUAAGAGUGAUAUUAGCUUAUGUGAUUUCUGAAAGUCUUAAAAGAAGAAAUUCAACAUUUGUCGAAUAUGCUCGUCAAAUUGUUGUUUCUGUGUCAUCACUUGCCAAUAAUGCUGUGAUUGAGAAAUUGGUUUCUUUUAUUGAACCCAAAACCAUGAUCCCCCCAGCACCUGAAAUUAAUUCUCCUAUAAUCAAUAACUCUUACCCUUAUUUUUAUACAUUGUCUAAUUAUAAAGAUAAAGAAAUUUUUUCUUUGGGUCAAAUUUCUCUUAUAUUUUUAGUGGAUGUAUUUUCGUCAGAUAGCGACAUGAUGAAGAAGAAGAUUCCUCUUUUAUUGCAUAUAUGUUUUGUUUUAUUAGACCACUAUCUUAUUCUUGUUCAAAAUCAAGCAAAGGCAAUGCUAGCUAAUAUAGUUCAUGAACUUGGCCAUGGACAUCCUGACACUGAUGAUUUAAUAGAAUUGCUAAUGAGAAACGAUCACUCAAAUAAGAAUUUAUGGAUUUAUGAUGAUUUAAAUAAUCCUAAUGGAGCCGAAACACCUCAAAAUAUGGAUAGUCUAAUUAAGCGAGUUUUAAAUAUAUUUAGUCCAGCUGUCCCUAACUUACAAGAAGAAUGGAGCAAAAUUGCUCUUAAAUGGGCUACAACCUGUGCUGUCAGACAUAUGGCCUGCCGUUCAUUUCAGGUAUUUAGGUCGUUAUUUUUGGUUUUGGACCAGCCAAUGUUGAGAGAAUUAUUACACCGUUUAAGUAAUACAAUUUCUGACACCAUUCCCGAUAUUAUUAACUUUGCUCUUCAAAUUUUUAUUACUCUAAACACUAUUGUUGAAAAAAUUGACCCAGAUGAGUUAAUAGUAUUUCCACAACUUUUCUGGGCGAUUGUUGCUUGUUUGACCACGAUAAAUGAACAAGAAUUUGAAGAAGGCUUAUCAAUUCUUAACAACUUUCUUGCCAAAAUUGAUCUUGACUCUGAGGAUUCAAUUGAUUGUUUGAUCAGAACUUUUCCGGAAAACUGGGAGGGAAAGUUCAGUGGAUUGCAACAGCUUGUCACUGUUGGUUUGCGAUCUUCCAAUACAUGGAAUCUAAGUUUAAAAUUAUUUGAUCGUCUAAACGAAUUUAUACCCAGUGAGAUUAUAGGUGGAAAGUCUAGAUUACUUUUAGCUGUGUUAAUAAAUAUACCUAGAUUUAUGCACGCCUAUCAAGAAAACGAUUAUCCAAAUGAUGUGAUUCAUGCAUCAGAUGUAUUGAGCAAAAUGGCCAAUUCUGAUGAUAAACCUGCUUUGGCUCGAAUCUUUAUCUCAUUUUCUAAAAAAAGAUUUCGUACAAAGAUGGAUUUUGUGAAUCAAACAAUUUCGCUCAUUAGGCAAUAUUAUUUUCCCGAAUUUCAAGCACAAGCGUUGGUGUUUUUGAUGGGGUUUUUGUUGAACAAAGUCAAAUAUAUUAAAAUGGAAACAAUGAUUUUCUUGAAAGAGUUAGUUCCUUAUGUUGAUUUAACCUCCCCUGAUUUUAUUGGGGCAGGCGCUGAUUUAAUUUCUCCUCUACUACGACUAUUAAUGACAGAAUACUCUGAUGAGGCUUUUAAAGUUUUGGAAAAGUUUUCAAGUAUUUCUGGAAAUGAAUUUGAUAAGGAAAUCCUUAAAUCGAUUUUGGGAACUAAAAACGUAAAGGAGUAUGAAAGAGCCGUUACUCUUUUUGGAAUCCCCGAAGAAAGUGGUUGGUCGAUUCCAAUGCCAGAAAUAGCUGCAAGCACCACUAGAACUAAUGUGCUUAUUGUUUCAACCAAAUGCGUUGAUGACGAUUAUGAUGAUGCAACUGAAAAUGAAAAUCAAGCAGAAAAUAUUAUGUUCCAUGAAGAUUAUAAUAAUGCUAAUUUGAAUAACCUUGAGCCUACAACUACAGAUAACGUUUCAGUGGGAUUAGGAGACUAUAAUGAUGGUUCAUCUUUAACUGGAAUGUGGGUAACAUUGAAUUAUUUUGAUACAGUUUUUACUAGAGAUAUACCAGAGCCUGGUCCCCUCCCUGAAUUGCCUGAAUUGCCUGAGGAUGAUUUUUAUAACAGCGCAGGCACGAAUGAGAUAGAAGAAAUGAAUAUUAAUCAGUAUGAAGCGCUUGAUCCAAUGUCCUAUCAUAAUUACUCGAAUUCUACAGAUACUGCAAAGAUUAGCAGCAUUGUUAACAGAAGUUUGGCAAGAACCGAUAGCAAUACGUCAUUUAGA